CCAACUGCACUUCGCAAGAUACAGAAAUUCUCUGAACUCCCCAAGCUGUUGAGAAAAUUAGUUCUUGCGAUCGAGGUGUUGCUUGGAUUCCAGAGGCUGAAACCACUUCUGAGAAAGUUGCAAAAACAUUCCCACGGAGAAUUUCCUUAUUAGAGGGAUCGGGAAUUCAUUGUUGGAAGGCUGGCGGAGAAAUUAAUUGCCCCCCUGAAGUAUUUACACUCCCAGAGAAAGAGAGAAGGCUUUUGUGUUUGGAUUCCACACGAUGCCGUAUGCGAAGGAAUUGUGCCUGCUCAUUUUUUUAAGAAAUGUUUCGUAUCUGGUGGCAUACGGCCAAUCCACAGAGGUCGUCAUAACGAAUCCCAGGGAUGGUGUCAUCAAAGAAGGGGAAUGGUUCACUCUGAAGUGUUGGUACAUCAAUAGAUAUAUAACAGCUUUCUGGUAUAAGAACAACAUUCCCGAAAGUUUUGCUAAACACUUUCGAAGAAAAGCUGACAGUAAAACUGGAGGCUAUUACCAGUGUCAAUGGAGUGAAUGGAGCUCCCCUUCACGAGGUGAACCUUUGAAAGUGGUGACCAUUGCUUCAGAUAUGACAUUGACUGUGCAAGUCCAUUCAACGACCCUGCUGCUUGGUGAAACCUCUGUUCUGAAAUGCUCCAGUUACACCUGGGGAUCUGGCACAGAUUACUCCUUCCUUUGGUAUCGAAACAAUUUCUUAAUUGAAGGAGAGCAUGAACCAGAGUACACGAUAGCAAUGGCGAGAUUUUCAGAUGGAGCAACUUAUCGAUGUGAACAGAAACUGGGUUUCAGGAAAUGGAUCUCACAAGAUGUAAGCAUCAUUGUAAAAGAUCUCUGCUCUAAGCCAACGUUGCAAGCUGACCCCGACGUGGAAGUAUUCAUUGGUGAAGGCUUUAACCUCGUCUGUUUGACUGAACCCUUUCACGAAAAUCACCCCCUUUUAUACACAUUUUACAAAAACAGGGAUUCUCUUAACUUCCCUUCAGAGAAGAGCAGUUAUGCAAAAGAGGAAGCAACAAUGCACCAUUCAGGGUCCUACCAAUGUGAAGUCACGACUCGCGAUAGUAAUUUGAGGAAAUGGAGCAACAUUGUUCUCAUUUCAAUCAAACGCAUCCCUGUGUCUGUCCCAGAUCUGAGUGCAAAGAAUGGAAACGAAGUAAUGGAAGGAGACAGCGCCUGGUUAAAUUGCUCUGUAACCCGUGGUUCGACACCAAUUCAAUAUAUUUUCUACAAGGAUAGUCAGGAGAUUUACUGGGAGUAUUCCAACCACAGUAGAAUCGUACAUACAAUCGUGAACAUCAGCAAAAGUCAAGAAGGCAAUUAUCACUGUGCUGUUUCUAACCAGGAGGAAGAGUCUCUCCUCUACAGCAAAUUACUCGCCGUUUCAGUGAUUGUCCCUGUUGCUGGUGUUUUUCUCAAACUCAGAACCAAUAAAACGGAGAUUCUGAUUGGGAGUAGUCCCGUUCUAGAAUGUGUAUUGAGCCGAGGUACAAGACCUUACUUUCAAUGGUACUUCCAACAGAAAGCCUUAAACAAUGUCAGCGUGAAUUACAACUUUAGCUCAGACUGGAGAGAGCUGGCCAUUGAAUCGUUCCAGUCCCAGCACCAAGGCCAAUACCGAUGUGGCGCAAUCAACAGGGGUCCCAGUGGAAUGAUAUUUAAUGUAACCAGCAAUCCCAUCGAUCUCACACUGCCAGCACAGCAACACAGCGCUGAGAUGGCAGCACUCAUUGUCCCACUGUUUCUGAUCGUUUCUCUCCUCAUAUUGCUUCCCAUUAAACUCCAGAACAGGAAACAAGCUGACUCUUCCAGCAGUUCCCGGCAGCACAGGGAGGCGAUGGGAAAUCGAGCUGAGAGCACGAGUGAGGACAGACCUGCCAGAAAUUUCGAUUACGCGGAGAUUGUGUCAAGUCAAGUAAAUGUUUCGAGCUGUGCUGCAGCCGUGUACUGUUCAGGAAAGAACACAGACACACACAAUGAUGACUCCAAAAUGGAUGGGAGUUUGUUGUACUCGGUCGUAAAGGUCUCAAAGCCAAGAAACGCUGCACACUCUGAUGGUGCAUCAGGAACGAAACAAGCUGACCAAGCGGAGCAGCAACAAUCCUGCAUCAUAUACGCCACCCUGAGACACACCGAUACAGGAGGGGAUGAGGAAGCUGAUCAAGACCAAGAAAGAAACGUUUAUGCCAACCUUCCACGGACACUGUGAGACAGCACAGAAGAAUGCCUUCGAAGCUUCACAAAUCGAUCAGUAACAACUCUAUCUUCCAGCAACUAAGGAGGACGAGGAAGAGAAGGCAUGACAAUGUCACAUUUCUGCGACUAGGCUAGGCUUUGUUUCAAUUCACGCAGCAAGAUGUCAGUCCCAAAGAUGAACUAGUCUUUGCGAAACCACUUAAAUAAUUGUCCAUUGCACAACCCUCAGUGUUUCAAUUUAUCCUGCUGUUGUGCAACUAAGUUUUGAAAUUUUGUGCAGUCCACUCCUAUCUUGCAUAUUCAUUUGAUCUGGUCAAUUGGUCGAGGAAGAUGAGUCAAUUUAUUGAAUGCACUCUAGAUCUUUCUUUAAAACUGUGGUGUGUUGCAAUUAACUCAAGACAGGUUCAUUCUCCAAACGUAUCUUUACUGCUCUCUAACUUCAUCACAUUCAAUAAUUUUAACCAGCUCUCUUUACAUACCUCACAUGGAAUCUACCUCUAUAACGACCCCAGGCUGCACAUUCCAAUCCGAACAACUCUCUGAAUAAAGAAAUUUCUCCUCAUCUCACUCCUAGCUCUCUUUCAGAUAAUCUUGAAAUUGUGACCUCUAGGUACUGAUAUUCCAACCAAUAGAAAGACACUUCUUCCUUCCCGUCAAAAUUCUUCAUAUUUUUGAACACCUUCAGAACUUCGACCUUUACUUUGUUUCUGUUCAAAGGGGCAUAAACCCGAUGCCCCUAAUCUUUCCUUUUAUAUAAAAUCCUUCGUUCCUCUUACCAUUUUAGUGUAUCUCCAAAGAACCAUUUCCAGAUCUUGAGCAUCUUACAUUAAAUUAGAUGCCCAGAAAUAAUACAAAUGUGAUCUGACCAAAAAUUUGUAGAGGUAUGGCUUCACUUCCUCAAUUUUAUACUCAAUGCCUCUACUUCUAAACACAUGGAUUGUUUGAGUCAUCUUCACAGCGAUUUCAGCUUGCCUGGCCACCUUCAGAGAUUGAUACACGUGAACCCUGAUGUCCACCUACUCCACGACUCCCCUCAAAGACGUUUCAUUGAACCUGCAAUAUUACCGUGUGUUUCUGGUAGCAAAACGCAUUACCUUACACUUCUUGGCAUUGCAAUGCAACUGCCAGGUUUCUGCCCAUUUGGCCAAGUUGUUAAUAUCCCUGUGAAGUCUCUCAGCAUCAUUCUCACAAUUCUCUCUUCUCACCUGCAAAUUUAAAGAUUAUAUCCUCAACACCCAACCCCUAAUCAUUUGUAUAAACAAUGUAGUUAACAUUUUGUUCCUGUAAGUUUAUUCUAUGUGGAUAUGAAUGCAUUUAUGAGUCUGUUCCUGCUGUGAUUUGAGAGUAUCAAUAUUAAUCCGUAUCUCUCAGGUUAUCCUGUAUGAUAUGUGAAUGCAGUUAACAAUCUAUGCCUCUCAUUUUCUGCUUUGUCAAUAUGUGAAUUUACUUAUCGAUUUCUACUUGUCAGAUCCUGUUUGGUGAACGUGAACAGUCCACGUACCAAUUUCUAUCUGUGAGAUUUUGCCCUGUGAAUGUGAGAGUGUCGUUAUCAGCCUGUGCUGGUCCGUUUAUUUUCUGUGAAACUGGGAACGUAGUUAUCAUUCUGUUCCUGCCAGUUUUAGCUUUGUGACUGAGAAAACAGUUAUUAAUCUAUCGCCGACAGGUCUUGUAAUGCGAAUAUGUGACUUAAGUGAACAGAAAUGGACCGAUGGAGACUGAUAGUCACACAUUUGCAUCGCAGUAACUGUAUCCCCUCACUUGUUUGUUUCUGCAACAUGAUAGAGUGAGUGUAGCUAUCAGUCUGUACUUAUCAGUUUCUACUAGUGUGUCUAUAAGUGGCUUAAUUCUCUGAUAUUUGCCGUGACUGUGUGAUUCAUUCUGUGAGAGCUAUUAUUAGGGUGCAGAGAAGACGUCUUAAUUUCUUCUGCAUUUUGCAAUUUAUGGGUUGACUGUCAGUCUGUGGUGUGGGUAGGGGAGACAAUAGAUAGGGCAACGACAGGAGGUAGACUGCUUUAUUCUGAGAACCAUUUCGAAUCAGGAUCGCACAUUUCCUGUUUGGUUUGAGAGUCAGUUCAUACUGAGACACCUGCUUUCAUUUUGGACCCAGACAUUGCAUUUUUUGUGCGUGAGAGAGUCUUAUUUUGCAUGUUAUUCCAUUUCUGAACGGCUUUUAAAUAUCGAGACACAACACAACACACCAGCAUGUCAUCUCCUUUCUAACAGACAUCAGAAAAACUGACAUGGUACAGCACACGAGAAGACCAUUCAUCGCAUUAUGUCUGUACUGCGACAUUGUAUAAUGCAUCAAUUCUGCAGAAAAUUUUGUAAAUGUGAACUUGAUCUGCUCAUUGUUACUGUUGAAAUGACAAUUUGACACGAGUUCUGCAGUCAACUGACUUUUAAUAUGUAUAGUGCUGGCUGUGAUGAGUAUCGCUCUGAUGAGUAUUCUCCGCUAUUCAGUUGCGAUUUUAUGUCUAAA